AUGCCGCCUCCUAAAACAGUCUUUACGUCCCAUGAGCGGAACAACAUGAAAGCAACCUGGGGCUCACAGUCCAGCCGCCUAACACGUGACUCCUUCCUUCCCUUCGGCAGCUGCCAGCUAUGUCUCCUCCCCGCAGUCGACCCCGUCUGCUGUCCAUCAGGUGACCUCUUCUGCCGCGAGUGCGCAAUGUCCAAUCUUCUUGCGCAACGAAAGGAAAUCAAGAGAUUGGAAAAGGCAGCUGAGCGACGACGAGAAGAAGAGGAGGACCAGCACGCACGUGAGGAUGAGGAAGCCCGGCAGCGAGCAGUCGCAGAUUUCGAAGCUGUGCAGAUGGGAUUGCAGGUCAAGCACGGGGCUGGAUCGCGGGUCGUUGGUCGAGAAGGCGGGAAGAUUGUCGUGGAGAAGGACGACGAGGCUGCUGCGGGUGAGGGACGUGGGACGAAGAGGAAGUUUGAGAUUGACGAGGAAGAGCUGAAGCGCAUUGCGAUUGAGGAGCGCAGCCGUGCAAAACUUGCGCUCGACGAAGAGAAGAAGGCAGCGAAGGGCCAUCUGCCAUCCUUUUGGGUACCAGGGGAGACACCGGAUCAGAACUACAAGACCCAGGAGAAAGCGAAGCAAAAUCCUACGUGUCCAUCCAGCGAUCCAAGUCAUCCGCACGCGCUGUCACUGAAGACGCUUGUAACGACGAACUUCAACAUGGAAAAGCCACCAGAAACGGGGAAGUCGACGCCUUCAUGUCCGAGUUGCAGAAAAUCGCUGUCGAAUGCAACGAAAGCUAUGAUUGCGAUACCAUGCGGACACGUACUGUGCAAGCCUUGUGUAGAAAGGUUCUUGAGGCCAGACCAUAGACACCAUCGAGACGCAUAUGAAGAAGGACCAGAGCCAGAAACUGUGCAUUGCUAUGUUUGCGAUGCGGAUCUGACGAGUGUGCCAGAGGAGAAGCGAAAGGAUAAGGAGGGGAAGAAGAGCAAGAAAGACAAGGGGAAAGGACUCAAGCCAGGGCUGGUCGAGAUACGGAGCGAAGGCACUGGAUUUGCGGGCGGUGGCAAGGCUAUGGUCAAGAGAGACGGCGUGGCAUUUCAAGUAUGA